UAAAAAUUAAAUACCCAUAUAAAAGUUCACAAACCCUAUCAUUUCUCAUACUUUCACCUUUCUGCUUCUCCAGUCUCUUUCUCUCACUUGCGGCUAGGGUUUUAGUAGCGCUCUCUCUUCAGAUUGAAGCCAAUUCUUCAUCAUGGGUAAGGAGAAGGUUCACAUCAACAUUGUGGUCAUCGGCCAUGUCGACUCUGGGAAGUCAACAACCACUGGUCACUUGAUCUACAAGCUUGGUGGUAUUGACAAGCGUGUGAUUGAGAGGUUUGAGAAGGAAGCUGCUGAGAUGAACAAGAGAUCAUUCAAGUACGCCUGGGUGCUUGACAAGCUUAAGGCUGAGCGUGAGCGUGGUAUUACUAUUGAUAUUGCCUUGUGGAAGUUUGAGACCACAAAGUAUUACUGCACUGUCAUUGAUGCCCCUGGACAUCGUGAUUUUAUUAAGAACAUGAUUACUGGUACUUCCCAGGCUGACUGUGCUGUCCUUAUUAUUGACUCUACCACUGGUGGUUUUGAGGCUGGUAUCUCUAAGGAUGGGCAGACUCGCGAGCAUGCUCUUCUUGCCUUCACUCUUGGUGUGAGGCAAAUGAUUUGCUGCUGUAACAAGAUGGAUGCCACCACUCCCAAGUACUCAAAGGCAAGGUAUGAUGAAAUUGUGAAGGAAGUUUCAUCCUACUUGAAGAAGGUUGGUUACAACCCUGACAAGAUUCCUUUUGUCCCCAUCUCUGGAUUUGAGGGUGACAACAUGAUUGAAAGGUCCACCAACCUUGACUGGUACAAGGGUCCAACGCUUCUUGAGGCCCUUGACCAGAUUAAUGAGCCCAAGAGGCCAUCGGACAAGCCCCUUCGGCUUCCACUUCAGGACGUCUACAAGAUUGGUGGUAUUGGAACCGUACCUGUGGGUCGUGUUGAAACUGGUCUCCUCAAGCCUGGUAUGGUUGUCACAUUCGGUCCAACUGGAUUGACCACUGAAGUUAAGUCAGUUGAGAUGCACCAUGAGGCCCUCCAAGAGGCUCUUCCAGGUGAUAAUGUUGGAUUCAAUGUUAAGAAUGUUGCUGUUAAGGAUCUCAAGCGUGGUUAUGUUGCAUCAAACUCCAAGGAUGAUCCCGCAAAGGGGGCAGCCAACUUCACAUCCCAAGUUAUCAUCAUGAACCACCCUGGGCAGAUUGGAAAUGGAUAUGCCCCAGUUCUUGAUUGCCACACCUCCCACAUUGCUGUGAAGUUCUCUGAGAUCUUGACCAAGAUUGACAGACGUUCUGGUAAGGAGCUAGAGAAGGAGCCCAAAUUCUUGAAGAAUGGUGAUUCCGGUAUGGUUAAGAUGGUUCCUACCAAGCCCAUGGUGGUUGAAACUUUCUCUGAGUACCCCCCACUUGGUCGUUUCGCUGUGAGGGACAUGCGCCAGACUGUUGCUGUUGGAGUCAUUAAGAGUGUGGAUAAGAAGGAUCCCAGUGGAGCUAAGGUGACCAAAUCUGCUGCAAAGAAGAAGUGAACCGUGCAGGUUGCAGUGUCUGCAGGAGAGGGCUAUCAGCGUUGUUAUAAUAAAGACUGGGUUCUUGUUAGGAGUCCAGAAGUGGUAUGUUUAGGUGUUAAUUUUGAUGGUUAUAGUUUUAAGUCAUCACCUUGGCGGCGGGGAUGCUGUUCGCAGAACUGGGUUCUUGACCGACGGUGGCGAGAUUCUUGUCUGGAGUCAUUUUGAGUCUGUUUUUAAUUUUGGUCUGUUUGUCUUGUUGAACACGAUAUUUUCUAUUUCAUAAGCAGCUCAGGAGUUUUAGGUUUUGCCUGAGCUCCUCAGAUGUUGUUAUCAACUUUCCAUUAUUAAUGUCUAGUUUGCGUUCUUAAAUUUAUGAGCCGUAUAAUUUAUAGUUUC